GUGGCCAGUUAGUGAUGUCGUAGGGCUAAGUAAUGCUGCUAUUCAAGCAAAAAAUAGCAUUACUAUAUAUAGCUGAUAUCAUCUUAAUUAAUCUGCCCAAUUUAAGCUCAAAAUUAUGGACUAUGAAGAUCAAGAAGAGGAGCAAGAAGGAGAGGUUGCCUACAACAAUGACUCCCUCCUCCCCAAGAUCCCCAGCCCCGUCCACUCCCCCGCCGCCGCGCCGCCUCCUCCUCUCCGCAAGCCCCGCUACAAGGAGUGCCUCAAGAACCACGCCGUGGCCAUCGGCGCCAACGCCGUCGACGGCUGCGGCGAGUUCCUCCCGGCGGGAGACGACGGCACACUCGAGUCCCUCAAGUGCGCUGCCUGCGGCUGCCACCGCAACUUCCACCGCCGGGAGAGUGAAGCAGCAGCUGCUGGUUUCGGGUAUGGAAGCCAGCAGCCGCUGCUUCUGGCGGCCCAUCACCACCCGCUCGGCCACUUCGGGUACCGAAGCGGGCCGGGCGGGUAUGGGCCGCCGCACAGGGCGGCGCCAAUUGCACUGGCGCUGCCCUCGAGCUCUGGGGGCGGCGGCCCUCAGAGCUCGAGGGAGGAGCUGGAGGGCUACUUCUCGGGGCCCGGGAGCGGUGCGAGGAAGCGUUUCCGGACGAAAUUCACGGCGGAGCAGAAGGAUAGGAUGCUGAGCUUGGCGGAGCGGUUGGAUUGGAAAAUCCAAAAGCAGGAUGAGGAAUUGGUGCAGCAAUUCUGCAACGAAGCCGGCAUCAAGAGGCACGUGCUUAAGGUGUGGAUGCAUAACAACAAGCACACUCUUGGUAAGAAACCUAGCUAGUUUGGCCCGGCCCGGCCCGGCCCAAAAACUUGGUUUAGAGGAUGUUUUUUUUUAAAGGCGAAUUCUCGGUAUUUUAUGUCUGAUAACAUCAUCAUGUGUUUAUCUUUGCUAUUUAUAGUAUGAUUUUGUAACUUAAUUUUAGAGUGCAUGCACUUCAAGACAUUUAAUUAGCUUAUAUAUGUAGGAAUUUGGGAUGCUAUUUUAAGUACUAA